UAGCAACAGUUAAUUAAGUGUAAAAGUGGGUAUCAAUGUACCAUUAGAUUUCAAAUGAGAUUUGUUCAUUUAAAUCUGGAUUUAAGGUCUGCAUUGAAAAUCUGGAAAAGUUAUUAUGCAGAUGACACUCGUUAGAAUUUCCCGCGCGCAUUGCACGCGCUAGGUUACGGGGAAAUCGACUCAGGGAUGUGAAAACACAGCAGUGUGAAAAAAAAUACUGAAAAGAGGAAUGAAUGGUUAAAUUUAUGUGAAAGGAGUCGUUGCUUCUACCAAUAAAGCUAUAUAAAACUACAUAAAACUGUUGCACGAUAAUAUAUGAUACAAUUAUGUGUGAUACAGAUCUAAUAUCAAACUUCAGCGACUUUCAAGAUGUAUCUACCACAGAGUAAUAUUCAUUCACACAGUAUUAAUUCUUGAUUGUUAACAGAGAAAGGAACGUUAUUUAUUAGGGAAAAUAUCAUUAAAUUUACUUAGAGAACUAUUUGCGAAUACAGUUUCUUUGCCUAUAUUAUAACCACGUUUACAGUUGGAGAGUUUCACAUAUAUGUGGAUUUAUUAAAACUUGACAGCAUGCACAGGAAGUGACCGCUCUCAACUAUGAACUGGCUUCACAGACGUAAAACUCGAAAGAAGUCGCACUGUUCGGACAUUUUGGCAGAAAGUGACCCGGGCUCGAGAGUGGUGGGUUCGUGUCAUGGAAGCGAGGAAAUGUGCCCCCGUGUCGCCCCACCAGCGCGGGGUCCGUCCGUCCUCAUCAUCAUAGCGUGUCUCCUAGUCAACACAGUGCUAGCGUGCAAUGUUGACCAGUGCUGGGACAACUAUCAGGUAGCUGCAGCCACAUUGAAACAGAACCUCAAAGAAACUCACACUUCCGAACGUGAAAUCCAGUGCAUGGGCUAUAGAACUUACAUGAAAUGUCUUGAAGAGCUCUUUGGUUGUAAGGGCAACAUUAAAUUCCAUAGUAUUAAAAAAGUGGUACGCAAUCAGAUGAAUCAGCAUAACUGCACAUCGGGCGGACCUGUGUACACCGGGGAGUUUGAGCCGGUGCUGCCACCUGAUGAACUGUGCACAUUUCGUGGAAGCAACACAUACAAGCAUUGUGGAUUAUUUGGUGAUCCUCAUUUGCGGACAUUUAAUGGGGAGUUUCAGACUUGCCGAGUGAAGGGAGCAUGGCCUUUAGUGGACAAUAAGCAUCUAACAGUGCAAGUAACCAACGAACCAGUGUCUUUCUCAGAUGGAGCAACUGCUACAAGUAAACUCACGGUCAUAAUAAAGAAGAAUGAAAACUGUGCGUCCUCCAAGUACAUCAUGUACCAGGCCGACUCGGAGCAACUUCCUGGCACAUUCGAGGAUGGAAUGACAAGCUAUGGAAAGUCCCACAGUGUCAAACUCGUUGAAAUGGACCCUGGCAAACAUGUUGAGAUUACCCUUAAAUAUAUUGAUACAAAAAUAUUAAUCCGACUGGUCGGAAGUUACUUGACGUUUUCCAUAAGCAUGCCAGAAGAGAUUUUGAAUUCAACAUUCAAUAGUGCUGUGUUAGAAUUAUGUACUAAGGGUUGUCCAAAAAGUGAAAUUAUAGAUUAUCAGAAGUUUCUCUCUUCAAAGGAAAUGGAGAUUAGCAAUACCAAUGUGAAUAUGACGCGAAAAGACGCGGUACAGCUCUGUCGUAGUGCCAAUUUAGUUGAUUUCUAUCUCGAUUCCUGUGUGUUCGAUUUACUUACAACAGGGAACGAAACAUUCAAACUGUCAGCUUAUGCUGCUUUACAAGAUGUGCUAAAGUUAGAUCCAGAUUUUUAUAAAACUCAACAGAAUAGAACUACUAUAGAUAUAUACAGCCCCAGUUCAGGGAUACGGUGCACUAUAAGUUUUUUUAGUGUGUUACUUGUGCUGAUGUUGACAACAUUUUCACUGGCAGCAUCAUGUUCACCCAGCGUUGUGACGUAGCAGCAGUUAACAGGUGUACCAGCAUGUCCACAAGGUGAGGUGAGUUUCCAUGGCAACCCAUCACCAUGGAGACCAGACAUUGAUGUGUACAUGUUGCUGCAUCUGGACCAUGCAGUUUCCAUCACAGACUCAUCAUCGCUCAUCAUCGCUCAUCAUCAUCUUUAUUAUCAUUGUCAUCACCUGUGCUGUAUUCGUUACUUAACGUUAGAAGACUAGUAUUAUGAAUUAUGUAAAAAUGAAAACGUGAGUGUUAAACAUCUCAAAGUUAUCUGGAAAAAUAGAGGAAUGUUUGGAAAAUUUCUCUCAGCAUUUUAUGAUGCUUAAACAGCAUUUUUUUAAACGAAGAAAAAUCACAAAGGGCAUUUUGCCUUUAAUAAUAUAAUCAUAAAUUCUUGAUAAACGAUGAAUGUUCUUGCAUACAAUUACAAUAAAUCUAGUAACAUGCUUUAGUAAGAAGAUAUUUUAUGAGUUUGUUUUCUAGAAAAUGGCAUAUAAAUAAGGACUUAUUCAAGACCCAGCUUUGAAGUUUAGCUUAGUGAAACAUGAUUAAUUAGAAAAUGGAUUUGAAAUGUGUCUUUCAUUAGUUAUUCUCAACUAAAUUGUUGAUUUAAGCAAUAAUAUCUGUCUUAGACAUUUUUUGCUUUAUGAUUUUUAUACAAUAAUGUGUUUGAUCUAACAAUACCGAGUGUACCAUAUUUUUCCUAAAAUCAACAAAUAUUUUAUUGUGGACUUAAUUAAUUAAUUUCAACACCAUUGGUUCGCUAAAAUGGCCAGUAGAAAUUCAUUCAUGGUGGCAGUUUAAGCCAGGUUUUGUUUUGCCAUAGACAGAGAGGUGUAACAUUGCUAUUGCCUCUUCCAUUGAAGAAUAUAGUUCUUAUGUAUGAACCUUUUCAGCUCUCAUAGUGUCAUGUCAUUUGUUAUUAGUCAUACAUCAUGUUACAUCAUUUUUCAUUGGUCAUCCAAUUUCAACCAAAUUCUAUGCCAAAUCCAUUUUGUGCAGAAUUGCACCCAUGCAAAUGUAAUAUAUAUACCUGUGAAACUGUGUGGUAUUAUUUUGAAAAUUGUAUGUUUCUCCUGUCAUGAUCUUAUCUCCUGUAGAAGUGUAUUUUUUAUGCCUGUUAUUCAUUCGCACGUUUAGAAAGUAGCCAGCUUUACUAGACUUCAGUGCUUUUUUUAAUCUUCUAACUCCUCUUAUGUCUUGUUUACUCUCGAAAAGUAUAAACGGAAUUACAUUUUGCGCUACCCCCAAAAACCUUUGAAAGGCUUAAGGCUCCAAGUCAUACCUUGUUUGGUCAUAUUAUAAUACCAGGCGACAAACUGGAGCUCCCCCAUCUUGCACUCUUCAAUCACAUGACGGGAGAAAAUGAUGCAAGAACGGCCUGGUCAGUGUGGCCAGAAUCCACGGCCGGGUUGACCAGUGUCUUAGUUGUGCCAUACAAACUGACCUAAUGCAUAAUCAGUGUUGUAGGACCACAUAUGGUCCAGGGUUACAGGCCAUGUGUGUAGUGUUGGGUAGAAAUGCCGAAUUUACACAAUUUGAGACACUCUUUUAAUCUUUCUGUUGCUAUUCAUGUGGUUAUUCAUAAUAAUGUUAAAUGAAUCUUGGUAUACUUUGAAAUUAAAAACUUUCAUUAAGUGAGAAAUUUCAAAGAAGUUAGUUCUGUUUCAUGUGGUUUGAUUAUAAAGAACCUCUUGAUAAAACAAUCGCACAAUACAAUUAUGAGAUAAUUGGAUAUAUUGUUAUUAUUUUCCAAUUAUAUUAACUGUGCAUUGUUACCCAACAUUGCACUCAUGGUCAGGACUGGUGUUCGAUUGUUGUUCGAUUGUUGGGGAAAUUGUUAUUGUAUUGAGAGGAAGAUGUUAUGUGUGGUUAUAUAUUGUUACUGCUGAAAUGAUAAUACUUCAAAGAAAAGCUGUUCAAGAUUUAAGUACUGUACAUGUUGUACAAUAUUAAUUUUCAACAUGUAUUGUUUGGGUUGACAAGACAGUGAGUUAUGUACGUUAAUGAGUGCAUUGAUCUCCUACUGUUAUCUCUGUAUUUUACCAGCCGUACACAGUGAUAACAUCAGGAUUAUAUAUUACAUAACGGGGAGGGGGGGAUAGACUGUACAUACACCCAAAUAUUAACUUAUAACUCUUUUUUUUGAAAUGAGAAAAUGAAGCUUAACUUUUUUACAUUUCUUAAGUAUUUUCAGAAUGUGUCAUUAUUUAUGUUUUCCAUUUUCAAUGGGAUGCAUUGAGAUAUUAAACGUAUUUGCAUUUGUGAGGUGGAUCCCUGCUGAGUUUGCACUAUAUUUCUUUAUAUAAAGCUAAAUGAUAUUUGAAUUUUAACAGCUCAUAAAAGAUAAAUUGGCACAUUUGCAAACUAUGUUUGUAUAAACUCAGUCAUCUUUUUAGUACCUCCAAAAUUUAGGGAUAAAUUUGCUAAAUUUCUCUGUGGUUUAUGUGUUGUCAGCCAAGUGUGACUCAAUAAUGGGGAGUUUUAUGUAUUUUUCACCAUUGUCCUUGUUUGUAGUCAAGUUCUUUUCACUUUGUUCGCCCAACUCUUUGAUUUCAGUUCAAUUCUGUUUGAUUUACACCAUGUUUAUGUUCAAAAAGUUGACUGCUUUUUCUAUUCAAUGUCAUCUUUAUUGCCAUACAUGUGUGUGAGUCUACAUGUAUACCAUUUAAACCAUCAGGGUAUCAAAAAUAAGCAAAGGAGAAUAACUUUUAAUGCAUUUGUUUUGCGCUCUCUGCAUAAAAACCCUCUUAAAAAGCUCAUGUCGAAAUUCACCAAUAUUUAGUCUUCUGUCCAAGAUUCUAACUCUAUUCAGCCGACAUUGUUUACACGUUUAACAAGUAAAACUCUUUAAAAUCACUCCUAAGGACUCUGUUUACAAUCUAAGGUUUGAAAAUAGAGUUCAAAAGCUCUUGGUAAAACAAGAUCAGCUUGAUUUGAAUAUUAUUGUUUAUAAAAGGGUAUCAGGUGCUUGCAGUUUGCAUGUCUUUGUUUUCAUGUGCCGCCAAUAAAAAAGGGGGAAAGAAAGGCCAUUUUAUGGGGAACAAAUAUGUAUAAAAUGAGCUUAAAGGUUAAUGUAAAAUGCAAACGUGCUUUCAUUAGUCACUUUAUUUACGUAUUUACAAGUUGACCAGGUGUUUAUGUUGAAUUGAGAAUUUUAAUUUCCCCUCAAUUUACCACAUAUGGAUACAGCUGUGAUCUUCUGCCAUUUUUAACAACCUUACCUGUCAAAUAAUUUUCGCAGCUAAUUUCAUAACAUUGUCAGUGCUCAAUACAACUAUUUAAUAAUUAUCAUUGCUAUGUGCAAUUGAAAUGCCAUCCGCUUAUCUGUGGACAGUUUAUUGAAGAACUAAUGAAUACAUGAUAAAACUUAAUUGAGUUUAUAUACAAUUGUAACAUGUUGCAUUUGUUUAUUUUGCUAAAACUUUUGUGCAGAAUACUUAGGUACUAAUUACUUGGCCAGGUCUGAUUUGAAAGUUGUGUUGGCAGGUGUUGGUUUAGUUGUUACAUUUGGUUGCAUUUUCUAUAGUGCUGUGUAACCUCUCCUUCACAGGGUCUUGGCUUGAAUGAUAAGAACAUGAAUUUGUGCCACACCCACUUGAGCAUUUCUUGAGAUGUUGGUAUUUAUACCUUAUAUUAAACCAGUCUUUUUUUCAUUUUUACUGUGCUGGUCAUAGAGACAGACUGAUGUGAACAGAUCUUUCACAGAAUUAGGGUUAAAACUUGAAAAACUCCAGGAGCUAAAACACAUUCAGUUGAAACACUGUAUCUAAAGUAGCAAUGUGUUUUCAUUUGGUAACAUUGUAUUUACUACUUGACCUGUGGAAUAGAAAGCCUUGUAAAUCUUUUCUUUAUACUCCUUACCCCAAAGUCUUCUGUUGAAAGGAGAGGUGACAUGCUAUUGUUCAAAUGUAUGAUGAAGGAAAUCCUAUAUAGGUGUAUGUAAGACGAUUUAACAUGAUAUAAAAGUAUCCAAUUUAUUUGAAAACUUUCUGUCUACUUCUAUUUUAUUUUCAUUGAACACCAUAUGGGUUGGUUUGCAUAAUAUUUUAAAUCUGGCUUUAUUAAUAUUGUUAAUUGAUUUCAUUACAGUAUGGUAUUUAAGAUUACAAUUAUUUUCACAUUUGUUUAUUUCAUGUCACAGUUUUUUUAUUCAAAACAGCUGGUUGGUGAAAAAAUAGAUCUUAAUGAUAUAGCCUGUUAAUUUUUCCUUGUUAAUAUUUUUGCAUGACACAAGAAAGCUAAAUAUAAAGCAUUAUAUAUAUAUAUAUAAGAAAAAACUGAGUUUACUUUGCCUCAUACAUAACAAAUGAUAAAUGCUAUAGCUGAAAACUUAGGUAGGCAUGCAGUGUGUAUCGGGAUAAAAUAUCUGUAGGCAUUGUUCGCUGAACACCUGGCCAAGUCAUUAAGAUUUUGAUACAUAUAGUCCAACAUCUACCUUCGUUUGGCAACCAUUUCAGACACUAAAACCGCCCCCAUUUAUGUGACUUCGUAAUUCAGUCCACAUGUUCGACUUUGAAGUUUGAUAGCAGCAGAUUUUUUUUUUUAGCCCAAGUUGGAUAUUUUUUUUUCAGAUUGGCAAUACAAUAUAUAAUUAUGUUUACUUGUUUGUUAGUUUAAACGAUGAAAAAGUAAUGUCAUAGUAAUUUCAGAAGUGUCAUCUGGUAUAGUUUUAUUGAUUGUCUGAUAUUCUUCCAAAUCUUAAUGGUUGGAAAUAGGCUAGAGAUAAAAUUGGAUUAUGAAUAAAUUUUGAUGAGAUUUGGAAAUUACAUGCAUACUUGAUGUUUUAGUUAGCUCAGCAAGAUUUAGCACUUGACUCCAUGUGUGCUGUAUUAUACUGAAUAUUACCAAGAGAGCAAAUUACAACAUCUUGCUUGAAGACAAAGAUGUUUUAAACAAGGCUUAAUUGUGUGAUUGAGGUGCCCUCAUUGUCUAGUAUUUUAUUCCAACAUUGAUAAUGUUGAUCCUAGUCUAAUUAGUUUAAUCUUAUAAAACUGUUUUGAAUAAAUGUGUGACCAAUUUUCAAAAAAA